CACAAAAGCUGGGCAGCCUGGGGAGGGUGGCAGAGUCCUGCACCAUUCUGGGCCAUGGGCUGCUGUCAAGAUAAGGACCAUCGGCCCUCUGAAGAGCAUGGAAGGGAUGAAGUGAAUGAGGGAGGUAAGGAAGGUAGAACCAGACACAAAAAAAGGGUUGCAGGAGCGGGAGGUUUCCCGCCCCCUCCCCCACACCAAGGAAUUGCUCCAGCGGUGGGGCUGGAAAGAACAGAACUGCACUAAGUGGCCAACGUGGUUCUUACAGGCGUCGACACUGAUUUUGAGAACACAGGCCGCCGUAAACAAAGAUCUAACGAAAGUCUUCUGAUCACCGUGCUGUGGCGCAGGCUAUCCAUGUUCAGCCGUCGGGGGUCCUCACGGUCAAGCAAGAGGGCCUCAGAUCAGAUGCAAAAGCAGGACAGUAAAACACAGGAGCGCAAACGUGACGGAACCCACAAGGAAUCAGGAAAGGGCUGACUCCAACCCUGGUCUCAAUCCUCCCUAACAAUCCAGAGAAUAAAAUUAGUAUUGCAGAUCUGCCAGGCUGGUUUACAGAGCAAGUUACAGCUCUGUAGGCUUCUCGGCCGCAAGCUCUGUAAGGUUCCUCCGGCCCAGCCCCUUGGUAUUUGUUCGUGAGCCUUAGGGGCGGGGCCGAGUCGGCAACCUAGCC